UAAAAAUGAACAAUCUCCUCAUGAACAAGAUCCUCAUCGCUAAUAGAGGUGAGAUCGCAUGCAGAAUUGUAAGAACAGCACAGAAAAUGAACAUAAAGACAGUCGGACUUUAUAAUGAUGCUGAUAGAGGUGCAAAACAUGUAGAGAUGAUGGAUGAAGCUUACUACAUAGGAUCUAACACUCUUGCUGAUUCGUAUCUUAAUAUGAACAAGAUCUUGAAAAUAGCCCAGAUGACGGGCACUCAUGCCAUCCAUCCAGGGUACGGGUUCCUUUCUGAGAACUGUAACUUCGUAGAUCUUCUGGAGAAGAACAAUAUUAUAUUUAUUGGGCCUCCAUCGAAUGCAAUUAGUGCUAUGGGAAAUAAAAGUGAAUCUAAAAAUGUUAUGCAGAAUGCCAAUGUUCCAGUCGUAGAAGGUUAUCACGGAGAAAACCAAGACGAGAAGUUCCUUUUCGAGCAAGCUGAAAAGAUAGGGUUCCCAGUCCUCAUCAAAGCUGUCCUUGGAGGAGGUGGAAAGGGUAUGAGAACAGUCUUCAAAAAGGAAGAUUUUUAUCCAGCUUUGGAGCAGGCUAAAAGAGAAGCUAUGAAAAGUUUCUCUGAUGACCAGAUGCUUGUUGAGAAGUUUAUCCAAAAGCCAAAGCACAUCGAAGUGCAAGUUUUUGGAGAUAGACACGGGAACUACGUCCACCUCUUUGAGAGAGAUUGCUCUAUCCAAAGAAGACAUCAGAAAAUUAUUGAAGAAGCUCCUUCUUUCCUCUCUCCAGAAAUGAGGAUGCAGAUAGGUGACAGUGCCGUAAGGGCAGCUGAAGCAGUUGGAUACUACAAUGCAGGAACAGUUGAGUUCAUCUUUGACACAAUAUCAGAUGAAUACUUCUUUAUGGAAAUGAACACAAGACUUCAAGUUGAACAUCCAAUUUCGGAAGAAAUUUCCGGACAAGAUUUUGUCGAAUGGCAAUUAAGAGUGGCAAGAGGAGAGAAAUUACCUUUAACACAAAACCAAUUGAAAAUUAAUGGUCAUUCUAUUGAGUCAAGAAUCUAUGCUGAGGAUCCUGAUAGCGAAUUCUUACCCCAAAGUGGUACUAUCCAUUAUCUUAGAGAGCCAAACAAUAGAGAAAGUGCCAUUGUUGAUAAUGACGUCCGUGUUGAUACUGGAGUCAGAGAAGGAGACGAUGUUUCUAUUUUCUUUGAUCCAAUGAUCUCUAAGCUAAUUGUCCAUGGGAAAAAUAGAGAUGAUGCUAUUAAGAAGAUGUAUAAUGCAUUAGACAACUAUAACAUCAUUGGUUUGAAAAAUAACAUUACAUUCCUUAAGAAAGCACUUGAGGAAAAAGCCUUCCUUGAGAACAAUUAUGAUACUGAUUUUAUUGAGAAAUAUAAAGAUUCCUUAUUUGACAGACCAUUUACCAACAUUAUCCCAACACAGAAAGAUCUUUUCCAUAGUGCUCUAAUUCAGAUCCUAAAUGAAAAGAGGAAAGUAGAUGUUGAAAGUGAAUCUGGACACGCCUAUUCUCACAGCAACCCAUGGCACACCCAGGAUGCAUUCAGAAUCAAUCACAGUAGUACUAGGAAGUUCAGUUUCCUUGACAAUGAUGAUACAGAAUAUACUGUAGAAGUUAUCUAUGAGUCAAACAAUCAGUUCAAAGUGAGAGAAGUCACUGAAGACUCCAGCUCUGACUGGACUCAUCUCAGUACUUCCUGGGUCGAUGAUAAUAACGUCAUAAUCGAGUCAGACUCCCAAAUGCUCAAGGUUGAAUACUUCAUUGAUGCCGAAGGAUCAGUCCAUUCUAAGAGAGAAAAUGGAGAUAUUGUACAACUCAAAGAAAAAGUUGAAGACUUUAGUGGCGAAGAAGGAGUUAACUCAGCUAACCUCAUUUCAUCACCAAUGCCAGGAAAGAUUGUAAAAAUCUUCACAAAACCUGGAGAAGUAGUUAAGAAAGGACAAAACCUCCUCUCUCUUGAAUCAAUGAAGAUGGAAUACCUUAUCAAAGCAGAAAAGGAUGGUGUUAUCAAGGAAGUGCAUACUGCUGAGACAGAAUUUGUCCAGAUAGGUGCAAAGCUGGUAGAAUUUGAAGAACAAGAAGCAUAA